AGUAAAGCAGCUUCGUUUAUUUAGAAGCUAUCAUUGUCAAGUUUUCCCAGUUCUUUUAUUGUGAUUCGAUGUAUCAUGUGAAUAUAUUUUUUCAUAUCAAUUAACUAUCAUCUAUGUAAUUUAUUCUAGCAUGUGACCAUUUUCUGGUAACUUUGAUGAUUUCAAAUGGUUUAUUUGAAUCUUCUCCAGUCAUGAAUUGCACAGUUUGUGUUCUCUAUGAUGAAAAAGUUCUUUUGAUGCAGCCUUACCAACCUGGUUAUACUGCCCCAUCACCUCCCCCUCAGUCUGACGACACUACUGUUGAUAUCAGUGUUCAAUUCAGUGGAGACCUUGUUACUGCAUCUCCAGACGUUUAUCAAGCAAGUCUAGGGGCAGACUCAGAAUUUCUAGUGUUAGCAUCUGAUGGUUUAUGGGAUUACAUAAACAGUUCAGAUGCAGUUUCUUUUGUAAGGAAUCAGCUUCGACAACAUGGAGAUGUCCAGCUAGCUUGUUAUGCGCUUGCUGAAGCUGCUCUGGCAACAACUAAUUGAAUGGAUUGUGUUUAUUCUGACCAUAGCGCUGGAUUAUGUCAGGAAAGUCCAAAAUGCUUGAAAUUUUGGUUGCUUGAAACUUUUAUUUUUUUGAUGACAUGGUUGCUUGAAACUUUGGUUGCUAUUGUUUUGCAUGUAUUUUGGUGAAUGUCAUAUAUCUAAUUUUGGUUGCUGUUGGUUGCUUGGAUUAUGCUUAUUGAAAUUUUGGUUGUCAAUUACUAAGUGGCAUAUAUGUAAUGCUCAAAUUACAAAUUUUUGUCAAGGUUGUCCAGAAUACAUAAUGUACAAUGACAACUAUAGAUUCUUUUCUGCAA